AUGGCACCUGCUAACGAGCACCGUAAUAAUGGUGAAAAGGCAUCUACAAACUACAAGGAGGCGUUCUCCCUCUUCGAUAAGCGCGGAACCGGCCGUGUCGCCCUCGAGUCCCUAGGCGAUUUGCUUCGCGCGUGCGGACAGAACCCUACUCUGGCUGAGAUCAGUGAUUUGGAAAAGGGAAUUGGCGGGGACUUUGAUUUCGAUGCCUUUUCUAAAGUCCUUAACCGACCUGGUGGAUUCCGCGACCCCGGAGAGCCAGAGGAGUACUGCCUUUUGACCAACCUUGGUGAGAAAAUGUCUGAUGAAGAGGUUGAUGAGCUUCUAAAGGCCGUUGACACCAGCUCCGGCGAAAUAAACUACACUGAGCUCGUCCGAACAAUUCUCGCCAACUGA